GCGCAAUGGCGCUUUACCAAUCGCCAGCGUUUGUUAUUCAGUGCAAGACUUGUCACGUUAUUUUGGGAGAUUCGUGUUGGUUUGUGUUGGCCUCAACAGAUCCUAGCUUCAUAUGUCUCGAUGGCAAGUCAACCGCGUUCAUAGCGCUAGCGCGCGCUUUCAUAUGCCUGAUUAGCUAUAACCACUCGCUUCAAAUUUAUGUUCCACAGUUGUGUCAUCCUUUAUUCAAGUGUCGGAUCUGGCAGAAGCUUGCCCUGAGAAACUAUCGUUAGACUGCCGUAAAUUGAACGUCAGUCACGUGACCUAGUUGUUGUGGCAGGUUCUUCAAGAAAUUGAAAUGCUGCAGCUGCGCAUCCGUAGUUGGUCGAUUGUAUACAAGUACCACCAGGGAAAUGGAUAAAUUCAGAGAUUUAUACUGUCUUGAUCCGGAUCAAGUCAAAACCUAUGUACUUGGCACUGGUACUGAAGGAGGGCCUACAUCAAACAUAGAUUCAGAAGAAUGUCUCAGCGGGUGUGAUCAGCCAAAUACAACAACUACAAUUUCAGAGCUGAGAACCUGCUGCAAACAGUUGGGACUAUGUUAUGAACAACUUGUUCAAAGAGUGAAAUCACUGGAAGAUGAGAUAGAGGAAAUACGAAGAGAAAAAAGUGACUCUGACUAGAUGCACCCAACAGUUCACAUUUUAGCUAAUAGGUAGAAGGUAGUGGGUGUAUAAAGCUGGUAAGAACGUACCGUUGCAAUAUAUUCUUAGAGUGUGAUCUCACGCAAGACCAGACCCGGCUUUGAAUAAUGGCGCUGACUCAGUCAUUUUACCAAAAAUUUUACAUCAUGGCGCCAGGCACUAAGAACACGUCGCGUCCUGUCAACAGCACAGCGUCGUUCACAGCUUUCUCGUCCUGCUGUGAUGGGUCGCCUCAAGGUGUUCGACAAUUUACACAAACGUCACGUCUUUGUGUCGUUCCGCGUCAGCGAGAUGACGCAGAGCAGGCAGAAGAACAUCCUGUCGGUUGCCAGUUGCAAUCGUGCAUGAAACGGUGUGCCAUCUCGGUUGACUUCCCUACAGACAGAGCAGCUGUAUACGCACUUAAUAGAAAUGUCAAACAGCACAGAAUCGUGGGAAUUGUUGAGUGAGCAGUUGCUGUUACUGAAUCGUAACUUCGACACAGCCUACGUACUUCUGGCCGCAAGUAUAGUCUUUUUUAUGCAAGCGGGCUUUGCCUUCCUUGAAGCGGGCAGUGUACGGUCGAAAAACACAACCAAUAUCUUGUUCAAGAACCUUCUUGACACGUGUGUUGGAUGCGUCGCCUUCUGGGCUUUCGGGUUCGCCUUUACUGGCACCGGAAACGAAUUUAUUGGCUCUGACUGUUUCUUUCUCAUUGGCUGCAACGACCACAUUCACUACUGGUUCGUUCUAUUUGUCUACUCUGUUACCUCCGUCACCAUCGUGAGCGGAGCAAUGGCAGAAAGAACCGAGGUGGCUAGCUACAUUAUGUUCAGCGCACUAUGUACAGGGUUUCUACAACCGGUUGUAGCUCACUGGGCUUGGUCACCCGAUGGCUGGUUAGCUAAAGGCGUUGAAAAUAACCAAGUAUCAGCAGUUUACAAGGACUUCGCUGGCAGCAGUGCGGUUCAUGUCGUUGGUGGUACUGCAGCAUUUAUGGGAGCAGCAAUUGUCGGUCCUCGUUUUGGUCGUUUUGACGAGAGCGGAAUGCCUGUACCGAUUCACCCGCAUACUAUUACGAUGUCGGCGUUGGGAUUGUUUAUAUUAUUUUUUGGUUUCAUCUCGUUCAACCUGACGGCUGCCAUGAGUUUGUUAGCUGACGAAGAAUUUGAAGCGAUUGCAGGAAAGAUUGUCUUUUCGGUUACUAUGUCCGGUAGCGCUGGCGGCCUUGGAGCAGUUAUAGCUAAGAAAAUUAUCGACCGUUCGCAGAAGAGACAGUGGAGUCUGUGGUCUGCAAUGAAUGGAUGUCUAACGGGAUUGGUAGCCAUUUGCGCUGGAUCUGACGUCGUUCAUCCCUAUGCAGCCGUCAUAAUCGGCGCCGUCGCUGGACUAGUCUAUAUCAUUGUCGUCCGUUUGGUAGUCAAGGCCAGAGUAGACGAUCCAGUCGAUGCUGUAGCAGUGCAUCUGGGUGGUGGUUGUCUGGGUGUCAUAGCCGUACCGUUUUUCGACUCGACUCAAGGGUUGUUCCAUCACUGGAACAGAAAGUCGAUGCUGCUUCUCGGUUGGAACUUUUGCGGACUUGUCACCAUUGUGUUGUGGACGGCUGCAAUCAGUGGCAUAAUCUUCGGUACAUUGUACGGGUUUAAUAUGCUUCGUGUAUCGAAAGAAGUGGAACUCAAAGGACUGGACUAUUACAGGCAUGGAGACGUGGCAUCUGCAACUGACAGUUAUUCCUCGUCGGCUACCGCUAAUCGUCGUGGUGCGCGAUCUUAUACGCGACGGUCAACAAAUGAUACCCUAACAGACAUUCUUGGUACAUUCAUCCGAGACUCAACGAUGUCGAGGGAGACGGUCGGCAGUGUGUCUAUGUCCAACAUUAGCGUUGCCAAAACCGUUGACGCAGUGUCGUCGGUGUAGAACUCCAUGCCACCGAUUGUACAUGUUAGCUAAGUUAAGCAGUGACCAAUAUUUUUGGACAUAUAUAGUGUGCACCAAUGACGUCCUUGUACUGUACAUAUGAAGUCGAUUAUUGUGAUACCGAUU